CCCUCCUCUGCCAAAAUGAGAAUAAAAGCAAAAACUAGUGCGCCAUUAAAGCACAGUCGAAUUGAGAACGUUUCAAUAAUGGACCUCAACAAAUUAUUCUUCGCGUUGGUGCUGUACAUGACCAGCAGCGUGUAUGGUGAAACUACAAAAGAAAAUGUCAGCUUCAGUGUGGAAACAAUUUGGCAAACCUAUCGCAUCGCAGCCAGUAGCUGUACAUGUCAGUGUGAAGAUGAUUCGUGGAAAGAAGAUAUUCAAGCGUACUACGACGGAUGUUAUUCAGCUACCCGUGGAUUCAGAGGAAAUUCAUACGAAUUAGCAGACACCGUUGUGAAGUCACUAGAGGAAUACCUGACGAAGGUAAUCUAUUUCACGAAUUCCAAUUCAACCGUUGUAACAUCAAGCGCUACAGCGAUCGCAAAAUCGCUAAGUACAUGCAAGGAUCUGAAUCAGUCCAGUUGGAAAAUCAUCGUUGAAUUCGAAAAAGUUUUUCCGAAGAUAGUCGAAGAUUUUAAUGGCAUCACUAGAGCAUUAUCUGAUCAUAUUGGUGAUGACUUGGUAUGUACCUUUACCAAUGACAUUAGCGAUCUUGGUGCCACAUUUUCAAAAUAUAUGAGAGAGUUUCUCGAAAGCUGGAAACCGUUGGGUUGCAGACGAAGGGUAGAAUUCGAAAGUGUGCUCAAGAAAUUGCAAAAACUUAUGAACACUGCGGCCUUGAUUAACGAAACAUUGCUAAACAAAUGUGACAGUGAAGCUAGUCAGGACACACGUGAAUCGGUCAUGGUUCUGGAUUUGCUGUGUUUCUAUAUGGCAGUUGUCGUACAAGGAAUAAAUAGUUGUGUUCUCGAUGUGCAAUACGACCGGAAAUGUUACGUAUCACCAGCUUUUAAAUCCAGCUCGUUAUCAUUAGAUUAUGCGAUCAUAGGAAUUGGUGAAGCUGUGAACGCCGUUGUUUUCCCACUUAAGGAGAGCCUUACAGCGCUACUAACCGUUUUCGUCGACAUUACCAUGGUCUUAAAUACGGUGCUUAAGAGUGUUCUUGGAUUAGUGGAAGGAGUAGGAAUAACUGUCGGAGAAGUGGCCAAAAAUUUAUUGGGUGGCCUAAAACUCACGAAAACCAUUACGAAUGACCGGACUAACAUCUUAAAGGGAGUACUGCGCAAGUAAACU